ACGUAAUAUAAAUAAUGAACAACCACGAAGAAUUUCAAAAAGAAAAAGAAGAUUAUGUUGUGUUGACAGUCUUCUGAAAAGAAAUUCGGCUCAACGAAAUAUGAUCACGAAGAUUAACAAAAGACCAUAUCAAAGAAGACAUCGAUCUUGUGAACCUAAUAUAAAAUUAAAGAAAAAUACAUCUUUACCGAAAUUUCGAAGAAAAACAAGACCGUGCUCUGCAUCUAGUCUUAAAAGCGUUAUUUACAUAGGUAGAUAUAGAAAAAUUCCAAAACUUAUUGUUCUUGAUGACUAUAGCGAUGAGGAAAAAUCAAAUAUGUAUAAAAAAAAACCUAGCAAAAACCAAACAACUUCAAAUGAUAGACCAAUAAAUACUUUGCACAAUGAAAAUGAUCUUCUCAGUAUGCUUAAUGAAAUGCACAUCAAUACUGCUGUAACCAACACCGUAUUCGAUUGACUCGAUGCAUACAAGAUCAAGAGUUAAAUAUGA